AUGGUUGAAAAAAUUUUGCUAGUGAUUUAUUUAUUGAGUUUUGUAAGUACUUCAUUCAUUCAAACAAGUGCCUGGGAGAGUAGGAACGAUUCAAAUUAUUUUACAUUUUCAUAUUUGGAGGACUGGAUGCCAGAAUGGACAAAAAUGAACAAUAGGUACUUAUUUAACGCAUUGUAUUAUGGCCAAGAAAGCAAUGAAAACGGUGAAGUUGAAUUGAACAAUAUGCAAUUAAAACAAAUUCAAUGUAGAAUUGUUGUUUUAACUGCUGGAGACGAAGAUUUCAACACUUUAGUGGAGUUGGAAAGAAACCGAAUUGAGUAUUCGAAAAAUCAAAAGUACUGUUAUCUACAUUUCUUUUGUAAAAAGUCUAAGAAAUAUUUAGCAAUUUGGAAGUUAUUCACAAGUAAAAAAUUAGUAACUUAUAAUAGAAAAAUCAUUAACCUUACAAGUAUUGAUUGGGUCUUGUAUAUGGAUUUAGAUGCAAUGUUUACAAAUUAUAAAAUCAAAGUUGAGCAGAUUAUUGAAAGGUAUACUUUAAAUAGCACUUCUUUAAUUAUUUCAGCAGAUACUAAGUGCUAUGAUGAAAAAUAUCCAAUAAACAAUGGAAUCAUGUUAUUCAAAAAUUCCUUGUUUUCUCUUCAAUUAGCUUUUCAAGUAUUGAUUAAACAGGCUUAUAGGAAUAGUUUGCUUUAUAAUGGAACAAAUCAAUGGAAUGCCAAAGGUUUGAAAGACCAGCCUUUAUUAACUAAUAUACUUGUUCAAGAUAAAAAGGAAAUAGAUGCUGAAAAGGUACUCAAGUAUUGUACAUUUGUAAUGGAGCAUAACUUAGAUCUUAAUGGAAUUGUUUACUCAAGUGACCAUGUUACAGUAGUUUCACCAAGAGUCAUGAAUUCUGUGAGGAGGAGUUCCACACAUUUUAGAAAAGAUAACUUACUUUGGCAUUGGAGAAGUGGAGAUUGGAUUGCGCAUUUGUCAGGUCUAACUCCAAUGGCAUCUUCCUUAAGAAAGAAGUUUAUUAAACAAGUCUGUGAUUCAUCUCCAGAUGAGGUUUGCCCUUUUAAUAUUAUAAUUGAUAACAAUGAACUAGUGGUUGCGGAAAACAAAUUAUCAUUAAUUAGGUAUAAAAAAGAACUUAAACUUUUGAAUCAAGGCAUUUUAAAUAAAGAUAUUAAGCCAGUUAAAAAGGAUAAAAAGAAAUCCAAAUUAAAUAAAAAAUCAAAAAUGAGUGAUUCAAAGAAUAGUAACUUAGAGUCUAAUUUAAAUGAAAACAACUUAAAAAUAACCAAAUUUGAUGAAAUUAAUUCAAAAGAGAAUGAAAUAGAUGUUUUUAAAGAUACAAACAUUCAUGUUUCAAAUGGCCAAAACUCUCAACAAGAUUCUAAUCAGAAUUUUGUUGGGUCAGGAUUUGAUAGUAAGGAUUUUACUUCAAAUUCCAACCUUGAAGCAGAGCCCAACUCUGAGUUAGUUUCAGACGAAGGACUAAUCUCAAACUCAGAGCAAGACCAAGAUACGGAGACAACCUUAGAAGCAGAAAUAGUUUCAAAAUCGGAACCAAAUCUUGGAAAAGAACAGGUUGUUUCAGAAUCUGGAUAUUCUUCUGCCUCGAACUUUGAUUCCGUUUCAAUUUCAGGUAUAACGCUAGAAAAAAUCUCUGAAGAAGGGCCCGACAAUAAUCCGAUUAAUAAACAAGAUCAGCCUGGAAAUAGAUUCGAAAAUCAAGAUCUAGAUAUUAAUCAACCCUAUGACAAUAAAGUAAUAAGUACUACUCCAGAGGAGCAGAAUUGA